AUGAGUGGGGAAUGGGCGUCAGGCCGCCAGGCGGAGGUGCGGGUCUUCCCACCGGCCCACCCUGGCCUGCGGAGACAGAAGAGGGACUGGGUGAUCCCGCCGAUCAAGGUUCCUGAGAACGAGAGAGGCCCGUUCCCCAAGAGGCUGGUUCAGAUCAAAUCCAAUCGGGACAAAGAGUCCAAGAUCAUCUACAGCAUCACGGGGCAGGGCGCGGACACGCCGCCCACCGGCGUCUUCACCAUCGAGGACAAGACCGGCUGGAUGAUGGUGACUCAGCCCCUGGACCGAGAAGCGAUCGACAAAUACCACCUCUUCUCCCACGCCGUGUCCGAGAACGGGCGGCCCGUGGAGGAGCCCAUGGAGAUCAUCAUCACGGUGACGGAUCAGAACGACAACAAGCCCCAGUUCACCCAGGAGCUCUUCAAAGGCUCCGUGGGGCGGGGGGCUCUCUCAGGCACCUCGGUGAUGCAGGUAACGGCCACCGACGCCGACGACGCCAUAGAGACCUACAACGGGGUCAUCGCGUACUCCAUCCUGAACCAGGAGCCCAAGGAACCUCACCCCCAGAUGUUCACCAUCAACCGGGCCACAGGUGCCAUCGGUGUGAUUGCCAGUGGGCUGGACGUUUGGGUGAGCAGAGCCGGGGGCCGGGGGCCGGCGGCGCUCUCCCUAGCAGCGGCCCCAGGCCAGAGACCCGCGUGGGCCACUUCACGGUGCAGAGUCCCCUCUGGCUCGUGCCAACCUGCAGCUGCCUGGCACCACACUGCAGGAACUCGCAGGGGUUACCAGCAUGGCUGGGCCCCAGGAGGCUCUGCAGCAGCCUGCCCUGGCAUGCCAGUAGCAGCGCGUAACACCCCAGCGGGCACAACAGGUGGGCCUCGGGCCCCUCUGCAGUACACGGUGGAGGUGCCGGAGAACGAAGCGGGGCUGGAGUUCCUGAGGCUGGCGGUGACGGACAUGGACGAGGUGAACACGGCGGCCUGGCGAGCCACGUACACCAUCGUGCGGGGCAACGAAGGAGGCUUCUUCACGGUGGCCACGGAUCGGGAGACCAACGAAGGCGUCCUGAAAACAGUGAAGGGCCUGGACUUCGAAGCGAGGAGACAGUUCGUCCUCUAUGUGGCAGCCACCAACGAGGAGCCCUUUGUCGUGAAGCUGCCAACCUCCACGGCCACCGUCACCGUGGACGUGAGGGACGUGAACGAGGCUCCCGUCUUCAGCCCGCCCCUCAAGACUGCCCAGGUCUCGGAGGACGUGCCCGUCGGGCAGAAAAUCACCUCCUACACGGCUCAGGACCCGGACAAGAUGCAGAGCCAGACGAUCUGGUACCGCCUGGGGAACGACCCGGCCGGGUGGCUGGCGAUCGACCCCGAGAGCGCCAUUGUGACGGCCCGGGAGCCGCUGGACCGGGAGGCGGGGUUCGUGAAGAACAGCACCUACACGGCCAUCGUGCUGGCGGUGGACGACGGUACGGGCUGCGCCGCGGGCCUGGGGCGGCUCUUCGACAACCAGAACAAGGACCAGCUGACGGUUCUGGAGGCCCACGUGUGCGACUGCCAGGGGCCCGUGGAGCAGGCUGCCCAGCGCUCCUCAGCCUGUCGUGUCUCCCUAGUCCUGCUCCUGCUGCUGCUGCUGCUCGUGCGGCGGAGGAAGGUGGUGAAGGAGCCCUUGCUGCUGCCGGAGGACGACACCCGGGACAACGUCUUCUACUACGGCGAGGAGGGCGGCGGCGAGGAAGACCAGGACUAUGACCUCAGCCAGCUGCACCGCGGCCUGGAUGCGCGCCCUGAAGUCGUCCUCCGCAACGACGUGGUGCCGACACUCCUGCCCGCCCCGCAGUACCGGCCUCCUUCAUCGCCGAGGUGAGACCGGGGUGGCACUGAACACAACCUGAAGGCGGCCGACACGGACCCCACAGCCCCGCCCUACGACUCCCUGCUGGUGUUCGACUACGAGGGCAGCGGCUCCGGGGGGGGCUCGCUCAGCUCCCUCAACUCCUCCGCCUCCGACCAGGACCAGGACUACGACUACCUGCAGGAC